GGAAAAGCUAUGAUUUUCAAGGGGAAAACAUUUGUAACUCGCUCUCACCAAAACAAACAAAAUUUCAAUAAUUAAUUAAAUUCGCGAAAAAGAUGUCUUAUCAGCUAUAUAGAAACACAACAAUCGGCAAUACAUUGCAGGAAAGCUUAGACGAACUGAUAUCUUAUGGACAAAUCACACCACAGCUAGCUCUUAAAGUUUUAGUUCAGUUUGACAAAUCAAUCAAUUCAGCAUUAUCGAAUAAAGUAAAGUCACGUAUCUCGUUCAAAGCAUCCAAGUUAAAUACCUACAGAUUUUGUGAUAAUGUUUGGACGUUAAUGCUUAACGAUGUAGAGUUCCGAGAAGUUCACGAGUUUGCAAAAGUGGAUAAAAUAAAGAUUGUGGCAUGUGAUGGAAAGUCAUCAUACAACGACUUGGAGAAGUAAAGUCAAUGAAGCUAAGGAUCUAACAAAUUAUCGCAUAAUGUAUUUAAAAAAAUAUGUAUAUCUAUUCUAACUUACCAUACUUUACAGUAUCUCUAAAAACAAUUUUAAUUACACUGGAUCAUAAAACACUUUCACAAUCUUAAAUUAAUUUAGAUAAAUAAACAUUACGUUAUUCAUUUC